AUGUCUCCAAAUACACCAACGCCGACGCCCGCCACUGCAAACUCCGGGCAUAUCACUAGGCCCGCCCCGCUGGAGAACAGCUAUACCUCCGACCCCAGUCUCAGGAGGAUUCUGGAGUGGUACCUCCCAUCCAAGCACUUAACAACCCUCGAACCCCAGCUCGUCCGGCUCGGUGGCGAGGCCGUGUCCGACCAGAUCCGCGAAUGGAGCGCCGACGCGGAAAAGAACCAGCCGUACGUCAAGGGCCAUAAUGUAUGGGGAGAGCGAUAUGAUGUCGAUAAACUGGUUACGACCGAGGGGUGGAAGAGAUUAGGCAAAUGGGGCGGUGGACAUGGUGUUGUCGCGCUGGGAUAUGAACCUACGUAUGGUCGCGAGAGAAGGCUUGCGCAGUAUGCAGUGAAUUAUCUAUAUUCGCCCUCCUCUGGCCUCGCCUCAUGCCCGAUCAGUAUGACAGACGGCGCCGCCCUGAUCCUCACGCAAGAGAUAGCAAGGAAGAAACUCCCUCCGUCGCACCCGUUCCAGAAGACCCUCGCCCACCUUCUCUCCCGCGGCGACGACCUCUGGACAUCCGGCCAGUGGAUGACAGAACGCGCAGGUGGAAGCGACGUCCAGAACACAGAGACCUGGGCAUCCCAUUCCCCUCUUACAUCUAAUUCCGCAACAGCAGCAACACCAAACGACAUCGACGGCGGCGAAUAUCUCAUCCGCGGAUUCAAAUUCUUCUCCUCAGCAACAGACGCAAAUGUCUCCCUCAUGCUCGCAAAGACCGCCCCGUCAGGCAAACUAAGCACAUUCCUCGCGCCACUGCGAACAACACAUAAAGACACCGAUGGAAGUGGGAAAACGCGAGAAGUCACAAACGGCGUCCGCAUCCACAGACUCAAAAACAAACUCGGUACGAAGGAACUUCCCACCGCGGAACUCGAACUGCACGACAUGCGCGCCCAUCUUGUUGGUGAUCUUGAUAAGGGCGUGCAGACUAUUGCGCCGUUGCUGAAUAUCACGCGCGCGCAUACGUUCAUCGGCUCGCUCGGUGGGUGGAGAAGGGCGAUUAGCAUUGCAAAGGGCUUUGCGCGGACACGUACGACCGUUGGAGAACCGCUGUGGCUUAUCCCGAUGCAUUUGAGGCUCACGGCGGAUAUGGAGGGGCGGCAUCGGGCAGCGAUGGAGGUGGGAUUUUUCACCGUCGCUGUGAUGAAUGUUGUUGAGAAUGGCGGCGUUACGAAGGACGCGGGCUUGAAGCUGGAGCAUCUCCCCAAGCCUGGGAAUGAAGCGACUGUCGUAUUUCGGUGCUUGACGGCGCUGGCGAAGGCUGUUGUGAGUAAGAUGGCGAUUAUUGGGAUCCAGGAGUGUCAGGAGGCGAUGGGGGGUGUGGGAUAUAUGGAUGAGGCGGAUGAGCCGGAGUUUAAUAUCUCGCGGAUUCUGAGGAACACGCUGGUGAACUCGAUCUGGGAGGGGACAACGAAUGUGCUUGCGAGUGAGUUUGUCAGAGUCCUCGUCAGAGGGGAUAAUUUCUCUGUCUUUGCUGGGUGGGUUGAGCGUGUGCUGGGGCUGCUGGGGGCUGGUGAACUGAGGGAUGCCCUGACCGAAGCCUGGGGUGGGUUCAAGGGGAAGGUUCAGUCGAUGGAGACGUCGAUGGUUCUGGCUGAUGGACGACGAGCGAUGUUCAGCUUUGCUUGGAUCUUGCAUGGGCUGUUGUUGGUGUUGGAUGCGCAGAGGGAUGGCGAUGCUGCCACCAAGGAGAUUGCGCGGCGGUGGGUGCUACAGGGAGAGAUUGGGGUUGGGGAUACAGUCUGGAGAGAUGUUGUUUACCCCCGUAAGACCGAGAACGUGUCUGAAGAGACAGUCCGGUGGGAUUGUCGCAUUGCCUGGGGAGAGGAGCUCCCUGCGGUGGCAUCUGGGCACCGCUCGAUGAAGUUAUGA